AUGCCAGCCAUUCCAGCGGAUCAACAUGGCGAACACUUAUCCAGCUUAUCAGACACUGAAUGGGAAGGCGGAGAGCAAGCGUAUCCAUCGGAUUUCUUGAACCUGUUGAGAGAUGAUGAUCGCAUCCAAGUGUUUGCCGCUCCAGAAAAAGCUGCUGACUAUCAGAUGAAACUUGAGGAACGACGGAGACAAAAGCGACUACAAAAACUCAGUAGGAAAAUGGAAGAAGCUAUGGCAAAAGGACCCAGACCAAUAGAGUCGUUCGCUGAAUUGGUGGAAGAAAUCACUAAGAUGCUAAAUGAAGACAAACAAAUGAAUAGCGGCGUAAAGGUCUGUAACGAAAAUAUU